UGACUAGAGUUCACACUAGUGUAGUAUUGAACCAGAAAAUGUCAUAAUCUCGAAUUUUCGACGAAAAACAGAGUUCCGUUUUCUCGAUCGAGCCCUGUUGUUUUGGUUAGUGGGGAAACCAAUUUAUGCUUUAAACGCAAUUGAAAACGUUAAAAAAUAAUUUUAAAGCUUUACAAGAUAAAUAUUUUGGGUACAAUUGAGCGCAGUGAUUAAGGAAACUACCGCGAUUACCCCACUCGUCUCCACAGUAAAUCCAAGUUUGGCUAAUCCGUGAAUCGACGAUCUGUUAACCAUGAUAUCAAGAUGGCUGCUCGCGUAGCUUUGUAAUGUUCAUUGGUAGUUCGCUAAUCGUGCAACUGAAUUUGUUCUUGAAUUUCUCGUGAAAUGUAGCCCGUAGCCAUGGAUACAAACGAACGUUAUGCUCUGGAAGAAUCUCUGAAGCAAUAUGAACAACAGCUCCAAGCCGUUCACAUAGCACUAGAAUCAUCGGACGACGCACAGGCUAGCGAUCUCCUGGAACUAAAACAAAACCUGGAAGAAGUAAUAUGCCUCACAAAAACUAGUUUACAAGCUACCCAUGCUCAGAAUCCCGCAACAGAGGCGACAGAGGGACGGCGAUCGCUGGAUGACUCUUCCCAAAGCAUCGACGACGAAUUUGCGAGGUUUCAGGCGGAGAUUGCCGGCUUGGGAGGCACGUCCGGGCCGGCCGAUGUCGCUGGUUCCGCUGCCGAGGAGGACCAUAGCAAAGAACUUGCUGAGCUCACCGACCAUCUGGAAGGGUCCAAAGUUCGGGCACCGUACUCAAAGGACUGGGGACAAAUGGAAUACCACAAUGCGAUUGUACUGUCCGUAGAGGCGGCUGACAUAGCUCAUGUGGAUGACAUCAGAGUGAAUGUGAUGUUCACUCAUCCUACUACUCCAUCCAUGAAACCGUGUUCCUUCUUCUUGGAAGGACACUGCAAGUUCAGCGCGGAACGCUGCCGCUUUUCGCAUGGCCACGCAGUGCCAUUGUCGGAUCUCCAAGAGUAUGCGGAGCCGAGCUUCUCUUCCAUGCAGCUAGGGUCGACGUGCCUCAUCCGGAACGAUUCCGACGGCCUCUGGCAGCUGGCAACUGUUGACUCCGACCAGGCAUCGACGCUCUCAAAGAGCAGUGCCGGGAAAAUCAUGGUCAGGUUAUCUCGUUCGGGAAAGGCAAUCUCGGUGGCCGCUGAAGAUGUCUUGCCAUUGGGGGACUAUGGUGGGGCCGAAGACUCUGAUUCUGACUCAGACUUAGAUCUGAGCACGGAGGACGGGCCGAGUGAAAUGUGCCUUCCACCGAGCGAAGCCAGUGAGGAAGAUGCAUCUGUACCUGUGAUAGCCUGGAUGCCCAACGAGUCUGCGAGCUUUCCUCUUGGUCUCUGGGAAAAACAUACGAAGGGUAUUGGAUCCAAACUCAUGGAGAAGAUGGGCUAUGUCUGGGGGGAAGGCUUGGGAAUAAGAGGCAACGGUCGAACAGAGCCAGUGGAAGCUGUCAUCUUACCUGCUGGCAAGUCCUUGGACAAGUGUAUGGAAUUAAGGGAGAAAGGCCUGACACAAAACUCAGCCAAAGUCCAGAGGAAAAUGCUGCUGAAGCUGCAGAGGCAGGAAGAGAAGCUGCAGAGGCAGUACCACAAAGCCUCUAAGCCUGAAUCCGUCUUCGACUUCCUCAAUGGACAGAUCUUUUCAAAGAAGCACCGUGCAGACAACAAAGGCGGUGGAGCUCAAUCUCUCCUUGCCAAAGAGAAGUCAGCUAGUCAAGACAUCAAGUCGACGUCUUCGAAGGGACUCAGUGUUGAGUCACUUCAGGUCACUGAAGCCAUCAAGAAGGCUGAGAGGGAAAUUGUGAGGUUGGGCAAAUCUUCUGCAAGAAACAAGGAUAGGGACAAACUGAUGCAUGCGAAGGUGGAGAAGAAGAUAGAGGAACAAAGGCAGCUGAUCCGACAGCUUCAGUCCAGAGAACGUUCCAUUCAAACCGAACAGCAGCAUCGGAUGGGCAAUGACAAGCUCAGGAUAUUCUAGGUGAUGUUGCAUUGAAAUCAGGAAUUCUUUUUUACGGGACACUGACUCCAGGUUGACACGAAUGUUAGAUAGACUCUUCAUGCUCAUUGUGGUCUGAGACAGAAACUAUGGGCUCCUGGAAUCAAUCGACUACCUCAUGCAACACUAGAGAACUAGAACCUGCACCCCUGAUUUCAUCUGAAUCACAACAUGCAUUGGCAUUCCCAAUCUUCAAGCAGGUUUUGGGAUGUAUUCUGUUUAUACACUCCUGUAAAUAUUAUUUGUUCGAAUUUUAUUUUGCAAUAGCAAUAGCAUGCUAAUACUAAUCUGCUAUUGGUCUAAAUUGGAUGGGCUAAACGAAGGAUAUCUUUCCUCGAAUAAGUUCUGUGUGUACACUUGGUGGCAGGUCCAGAACGAAGUGGAAGCUCCUCCCACCUCUCUCCCCUUUGUCAGAGCGAACGCUGGAGAGGAAGCGACCUCCUCUCCCCCGUUCGCUCCGCUGAAUUGGAAAGGGUGGGAGGAGCUUCCACUUCGUUCUUGACCUGCCACCGACUAUAGGUGAAUUGCAUAUAAUUUUUCUUUUAAAUUCUCUAUAGCUCAUCAGAUAAGGUACCUUACUUCCAGUGCAAGUGCAGUUAUUCAUUUGUGAAAUGAAUGUUCACUUCUACCAUACAAACCUUAAUCCAGCGAAAAAUGAGCAUACAGGAAAUACCUGCUAAUUAAUGCAGUGGUACAUUGUGGGUGCCACCAGUUGAAUUUAAUCCGCUUGUUUCUUAUAAUUAUAUCAUCAUCAUCAUCAUCCUAUAUGCGAUUUAUCAAAGACCAAUCCCCACUGUCACUUCCGAGCAGUUGUGGUUUGCGCUCGUGUCUGGGCUUCACAAAGAACACUUGCAAAUUAAAGCUUUUUGAUGAUA